CCUAAUCUUCCCACAGUUCCACUCCCCUUCCCAAACUUCCGUCCAAUGGCAGCGAUCGACCCUUUCGCUUCGGUAGCCGAGCUAUGCUCGGUAUCUUCUUCUCAAGACGAGUACUUGCGCCGCUCUCGUUUCUUGCUGGAGCCUCCUCGGGAUUCCCACAUCCCUUUCAUCUCCGACUCUAGCCAAGAUGCCGCUUCCGCCGAUCUCCUCCGCGAAUCAACGCCGAUAAGGAUGGAAUCUCCGCCGGAGUCCCCCGUCGAGGAGAAUCAAGCCGGGGGCAGCCCCGGCCGUGGCGUUCAGGCGAGCGGCCGAGUUGGAAAUGACGACGACAGCGACGAAGGUACCUUGGUGAUCAGUGGCGAUUCUUCGGAAGAGGAUUCGGCAGCUGCCUACUUGAGCAGGGAUACGUAUCAUCUGUUCUCAAUCGAGCAGGAAUCGAAUUCUAAGGAGAGGGUCGAAAGCCCGGACAAGUCUUUAUCCGAGGAACGAGAGGGUCAGGGUACUAGUAGUUGUAGCGGAACUCCAUUGCUGCGGACUCCACAAUCUAAUUUGGGCAGCAACCCGGCUCUGGUUGUACAGAGAUCGAUAAUGUCUUUGGAGAAAUUGGGGUCUCCAUUGAAAGGACUAACAACUGUGAGUGAGAAAGAACGGGGAAAUUUCUGCGAAAGUGAGUUUCUGCAGACUUCACAAGCUAAUUUGGGCAUUGAGCCGGCUCUAGUUCUACUGGGAUCCCUGAAAUCUCUGGAGAAAAUGGGAUCUACCACCAAAGAACAAAAACAAGGACUGAAAUCUAUUCAGGCUGCCGAGGGGUUACAAUCUGCAAUAGCAGUAGAUCACACGGCUGAUGGAAAGAGAGAAGCAGCACAACAAGGGUUCGCUUCGAAGAGGAAGCUGGAGUCCUCUGGUGAGCAGUUGGAAUCCGAGGCUGGUGCAGAAACUAAUGUGGUGGACAACGUAGAGCACACGAUGACGAGCCAGCGAGAUCGUUCUUUGGGCAGAAGUGGUAAAAGAGCUAAGGAACCAAGUAAAUUGCCCCCAAAAGUGGCUGCAUUAAUGGGUAUCCUGAAUAUUUUUGCUGCAAAGGAAGAUAUCCGUGAUUCCACAGUCGUAAGCAUGCGUCUCAUUGACAUUUGCAAGAUGCACGGCAUGACCUUUCCUUAAGGGAAGCAGCCAUUUGAUUGUCCAGAAAGACGAGUUUAAAGCUGGGUUUCAGAUAGUCCGGGAUCGAAUGUGUGUAAGGUCGAUGGUGCAGCUAAAUUUGAGCAUUGGCGCUUGCAAAAGCACUUGUGAUUUGCCUCUUAUGGCUUUCAUUUUAUGUUGAUGGAUUGUGUAGAUGUUUGGCAGAGGUUGUAUGUUCUGUAGAAGCGGGGUAUGAGUUGAUGCAUCCGCAUUACAUUUUUUGUAGAAAGAUACGGCGGGAACU